AUGGGUGGCCAGAUGCAGCAGAGCAAUGCGGCCGCCACUGCUCUGUAUGACCACGCCGGCGCCGGAUCCCUCCACAGUGCGGCGGGGCCGGCCACUGAUGCGGGCGACGCCGUCAUGGCCCGCUGGUUACAAUCCGCCGGUUUGCAGCAUCUGGCCUCUCCAUUGGCUUCCACUGCUAUCGAUCAACGCCUCCUCCCCAACCUUCUUAUGCAGGGUUAUGGAGCGCAGUCUGCAGAAGAAAAGCAGAGGCUUUUUAAGUUAAUGAGAAACCUCAAUUUUAAUGGGGAAUCUGGGUCUGAGCCAUAUACGCCCACUUCCCAAAACUUAGGUGGAGUAGCUGCAUCAGAUGGGUUUUAUUCUCCAGAUUUCAGGGGAGAUUUUGGAGCCGGCCUUCUGGAUCUUCAUGCUAUGGAUGAUACAGAGCUUUUAUCUGAGCAUGUUAUGUCAGAACCCUUUGAGCCAUCACCCUUUAUGCCUGGAGAUGACUUCAAUCCAAUUAGCAGAAAGCAGGAAAGAGGAGAAGCAGAUGCUGAUGCAUCAGUUUUACCUACAAAUGAAAAAGAGAAUAAUACCAGAGAAAAUAAUGUAGCUAAGAUUAAAGUUGUGGUACGCAAAAGACCCUUAAAUAAGAAGGAGCUUGCUAAGAAGGAAGAUGACAUUGUAACUGUAUACGACAAUGCAUAUUUGACAGUCCAUGAACCGAAACUAAAGGUGGAUUUGACAGCUUAUGUGGAGAAGCAUGAGUUCUGUUUUGAUGCAGUUCUUGAUGAGAAUGUUACCAAUGAUGAAGUAUAUCGAGUUACAGUAGAACCAAUCAUUCCUACGAUUUUCGAGAGAACCAAAGCUACUUGUUUUGCUUACGGUCAGACAGGAAGUGGAAAAACAUACACUAUGCAACCAUUGCCGCUCAGAGCUGCAGAAGACCUUGUUAGACAGUUGCAUCAACCAGUAUAUCGAAACCAGAGAUUUAAAUUGUGGCUUAGCUACUUUGAGAUAUAUGGUGGAAAACUUUUUGAUCUUCUUAGUGACAGAAAAAAACUCUGCAUGAGAGAAGAUGGACGGCAGCAAGUGUGUAUUGUAGGACUGCAGGAAUUUGAAGUGUCUGAUGUACAGAUUGUCAAAGAAUUCAUUGAAAAGGGGAAUGCAGCAAGAAGUACAGGGUCAACUGGUGCAAAUGAGGAAUCCUCCAGGUCACAUGCUAUCUUGCAACUGGUUGUAAAGAGGCACAACGAGAUAAAAGAGAGCAAGCGGAACAAUAAUGAUGGUAAUGAAGCAAAAAGUGGGAAGGUUGUGGGGAAGAUAUCUUUUAUUGAUCUUGCUGGAAGUGAAAGAGGUGCUGAUACUACUGACAAUGACCGUCAGACGAGGAUUGAAGGUGCUGAAAUCAAUAAGAGUCUUUUGGCUUUGAAGGAGUGCAUCCGUGCUUUGGACAAUGAUCAGAUCCACAUUCCUUUUCGGGGAAGCAAACUUACAGAAGUGCUCCGUGACUCCUUUGUUGGAAACUCAAAAACUGUUAUGAUCUCUUGUAUAUCCCCAAAUGCUGGGUCUUGUGAACACACGCUUAAUACCUUGAGAUAUGCAGACCGAGUUAAAAGUCUAUCCAAGAGUGGAAAUCCUCGAAAGGACCAGGCCCCGAAUCCAGUACCGCCAGUAAAUAAAGAGGUUUCAUCCACAUCUUCACUUUCUGCUAGUAUGGUUGCAGAGGAUUUUAAUAGUCAACGCCAAGAGGUAAAGGCAAUGGACAUGGGCAGAAAAGUUGUCGAAAAGGAAAGUUCUUUGUACAGCUCUUCUACUGAUGUUGACAAACAACUAUCAAGUUUCUCUUCUAGUUAUUCAUACAACGGGCGAGAGGAGAAAAACUUGGCUUCUACUCCAAUGGACAGGGAAAGGUUUGAAGUAAAGAAUUCUUACAGUGAUUCUACCAGUCAAAAGAUGAACUCUUAUUCCCUAAAUGUUACAGAUGAAAAAGUGCAAAGGGUGUCUCCACCACGCAGAAAAGGAACUAAGGAGGAGAAAUCCGAAAGAUCUAUAAAUUGGGUUAAAAGGGAUGCUAAUGGUUCUAAUAAUUUCACCACAAGCUCCAAGCAGCAGCAGAACACAGGAAAUUAUAACACAGUUACCACUGGAUCGGGGCAGUCUGAAACAGAAUCCUCUUCUGACGUGAAUAUCACUGCCAUGCUUGAGGAGGAAGAAGCAUUAAUUGCUGCUCAUAGGAAAGAAAUUGAGGAUACAAUGGAGAUUGUUCGUGAAGAAAUGAAACUAUUAGCAGAAGUGGACCAGCCUGGAAGUCUUAUUGACAAUUACGUAACUCAGUUGAGUUUUGUGCUUUCUCGCAAAGCAGCUAGUCUCGUCACUCUUCAAGCUCGCCUCGCAAGAUUCCAACAUCGACUAAAAGAACAAGAGAUACUGAGUAGAAAAAGAGUACCCCGUUAA